UCUGAAGGCAGCACUUCCUUCCUCCUCCUGCGCGUCUGGAAACAACAACAGUCGGAGCUGCUGAUCACAUGUGUGCGUUCGCUCUGCUGUCACAUGUAGCUCCGGCACCGACACCGAGCAGCAGGCAGCAGCGGCACACCGUCACCCCGCUGUCGGCGUCCAGGACGCGGCGACCCCCGCUCAGCUCCACCGGCUCCAGCCGCCGAUCCGUGCGCUCAACAUAUGGUUCUGCUCCGGCACAUCUCCAUCGCCCUGACCGCCGCCGUGGCUGCCCUGGGCUCCGCGCUCUUCAUCGCCCUCAACUACUUCUACAAGAGGCGAAUAUGGUCUCCACAGGCGGAGUACUGCACCAUCAAAGAGGAGGAGGAGGAACGGGGGAAGCGUCAGGUCCUGGUUCUAGGUCUGGACGGCGCUGGGAAGAGCAGCAUGCUGCAGGGUUUGACCCCCGGGGAGGCUAAGAGGGGCCGCUGUCGACCCACCCGAGGCUUCAACUUCAUGAGCCUGGACGUCCCAGCCUACCAGCUGGACUUCCUGGAGAUCGGUGGUGGUGAGGAUCUGAGGCGCUACUGGAUGGACUACCUGAGGAGGACUCACGUUCUGGUCUACGUUGUGGAUUCGUCGGACAGAAGUCGUCUCCCAUUGGCUAAGGCUGAGCUGCACCGCCUCCUGGGGGUGGAGCCUCAGCUGCCGGUGGUCGUCCUGGGAAACAAACAGGACAAACCGAAUGCCGUCAGUGUGUCAGAGCUUCAUGAAGCUUUGUCUCUGGGCUCCGUGCCUGAGGACAGGAAGGUGUUUCUUCUGGCCGCCCAGCUGGACUCUGAUGGAGCUCUGAGGAGGUCCUGCUAUGGUCUGGAUACCGUCCAGGACCUCCUCCUCCAGCUGGUCUGAUCCCACUGAGCCGACGAGGAGGAUGGAGGAUGGAAGGUGGAAGGUGGAGGCGAAGGAAUGAUGGCUUUAGAACGUCCUCCUCAUCUUUGUUGGAGGAGACAAUGGAGACUGAAGAUGCCACAGUGGAGGUUUUCCAGUUUCUCCUUUUCAGACUAUGUUGGUUUGUUUUAGAAAUAGCAGUUCGUGACGACACCUUCGUACACUUUACCUCGUCCUACUUAGCAGAGAAGAGGAGGGCAGAAGGACUAAAGUUAGUUCAUGACUCAAAGCUCCGGAGCUGAACUGCUGCCAGUGACUCAGACUGAAUGUUAACGUCCACAGCAUGUAGUUUGUACUGUACCUACCUGUAACAGUUCUACGUCAGGUCUGUAGGUGUAGAUACAGAGUUUAGUGUGUUAGAGUCAGCCGAGUAGAACCACGGCGACGUUCAGGGUUUCAGGAGAUAAUCGAUUUAAUAAUAAUCAAAUUCUGGGCUUUAGGAGGAAACUCACUUUCGAGUCUCGAAGUAUUAAAUGAGAAAAAGUUCAAUGCAAAAACAGAAAUAAAAGAAGUUGGCAUACUCGGUUGUAAUGUUGAUGGAAGCAACUUUCCAAAUAAGUUUGGACAAAGCAAACAUUUCCCGUUCUUUUGUUAUCUUCGUCUUCGAAUCACACCCAAAAUGACUGAUACCACUUUACAAGGAAAUGUAACUACAACUUCCCCAAUUAAAGACAGUUCUCUCAAUUUCUCUCUUGUAGAUGGUCAGAGUUCUUCGCUUUCUUCUUGUUUUCGGCUCCAUCUGCUCUGUUUUUUAACAGCCAUGUAGCCGAAACCAGCGUCUUCUGUUGACAGCUGAGUUUAUUCGCUCCAAAGCUUUUUUUUUAACUGAAAUGAAUAAUAAUGAACUGAUAGUUUUCUGAGAUCUGCCAGAACUGUCUUUGGGAAUUUUUGAGCAGUGAGACGAACCUUUGAUUACAAUUUUACAAAAACUUGCAUACAAUUUGCUGCAGAGACAAUGCGACUGUUGCGUCCAUUGAAAUAUUAAAGCAUACCAGGACAUAAACGGGUCCAGUGACAUCUUAUGGAAGCCUAAUGGCAGCCAUGAGUACAGAUGGAACUCCCAAACCAGUAAUAUGUCAAUUAUUCUUGGAUGUUUUUUUAAAUACUACUGGACUUUGGCUAAAGUUUUCUUUUAACUAGCUUAAUAACUGUUUGCUGGUUGAGCAGAUGUGGUUGUCGAUCCUGCACUGAACUCUGAAGUACUGCUGCAUAUUUAUGAGAUGUGAUCAAAUAUUUGAGAGAUAAACAAUCGAAAAUCGUACCUGAUUUAAAUUCUUGUGUCGUCGUGUAGUGAUGCUCUGCUCCCAGUGCUCCGGCAACACUCCUAUCCUAAAACUAUGUCAAGCAGCAUCUGUAAUGAAUCUUCUAAAUCACAAGACGUAAGAAUUCGAUACUAUCAGUGACAGAAAGUAGCCAUUUAUUCAAGUUCUGUUCUGGAGUACAAUUGAGGUACUUGUACUUCAGUAUUUCCAAAUUCCACUACAAAUCAGAGGCAAAUAUUGUACUUUUUCCUGCACUACAUGUAUUUAAAAACUGUAUUUUGCAGAUUUAGCUUAAUAAUCUACAUAUCGUCAACAAAUAAAUUAUGAUGGAAUAUUACAAUAUAUGAUACUCGACUCAGCAGAUAAACUAGACUAAGUGGUUAAAUUGUAUUUACCAGCUUCAACGUUAAAGUAACAAACACAUUAAUACUUCAGCUAGGGCUGGGCGAUAUGGCCAAAAAAUAAAAUCCCGAUUUCUUUUUUUAGUUAUCUUGGACGAUGAUGAUUUCAAUCCAUUUUUGUUGUUUCUUUGCAGUUUGUUUGCUAUGGCCAGUGCUAGCCAUGCUGCACUCCCGUAGCCGCCAGCACUCUUCCCAUUCUUUAGGAUGCCUCUGCUGGAGGUGCCGAAAGAGGUUAGUUGUGCUGCUAGUCUUCGUUUUCACAGUACUUUUGCAAACCUUGCACAUGACUGUAGUUUGCUCUGUGUCAGUCUUGUCAAAGCCGAACCACUUCCAUAUAAUCGAUGUAACAUGAGGCCCUUUUCUCGCGACCAACUCUUCGUCUGCUGUUCUGUCCGCCAUGACGGGGGUGUGAAUGUUUUGGCAGAAGGAGAUGAGAGGCGGAAGCAAACGCCAGUGCACAAGUCAUGAAAGGCAGAAAAAGAAUCUGUGUUGUUAUAUAUUUAAGCUCGCCUCGAUUUUACGAUUCGGCAAAUUUUCAAAUCGUCAGGUUUUAAAAAGGCAAAUUAAUCGAAUUAAUUCAAUUUAUCGCCCAGCCCUAACCUCAGUACCUGUAAACCAACAGUAUAAAAUAUUCUGCAUAGAAGUACAUGUGCUUUUGGUGUAUUUUUGCUGUUAAAACUACUUUUGUACUUGGGUAAAAACUUAAUUGUGUGACUUUUACCUCUAAUAAAGUAUUUCUACAGUGUAGUACUGGUACUUUUACUUGAGUACAAGAUCAAAGUAGUUUUUCCACCAUUUAACAAUGGUAGCAGGCUUUUGUUAAGCUAGUUAAAAGCAAAGUUUAACACAGUUUAGUCAGAGAUAAACUUGCGUUUGGAGUCCCACCUAAAACUAAUAAAAAAUGUGACAUUCCCUGUGAAGUAAAUGCAAACAUCAUCGGCAUAGAAAAUCACUGUCAGCUUAAAAACACUGACAUUAUUCUAAUAAAUGUGAAGCUUGUGAUUGUACCACACACUAGAUUUUUUUAAUAAGGUAAUGAGAUUACCGGUAUUUAAAUGCUGUUUUAUUGAAAGCUUUUAUUUAUGCUUAUAUUUUAUUUUUCAACAUUUAAGUGGAAAUUUUCUUUUGUUUUCAAUACCGAAUUUAAUUAUCAGUACCAAGAAUAACUGUGUUUUGAGCCCCGACACUCCCAGUCUGUGUAGAAAACAGUAACACACAUCCUCGAAUGUAGACACGCAGUUGUGAAAUGACUUUAAAGCUACAUGUUUGGAAAAACUGGAAUUGCUGUUAUUAUUAGUAUUGUGUGUGGCAUAGUUUGCAAAUUGAUGCAGAAUUUCUUUCAUGAAUGUGAAGUUUUAUUCCUUUGAAUGUUUUCACUUUAGAAAGUGUUCAGUGGAUUGUUGUGUGUUUUUAUAUCCAGUGAUUCUUGUUUUCAUGUGGACUGUUGGUAAUGAACUCAUGCAUGUGUUCAUGUUUUUGUAGCUCUUUUAAAAACUUAAGCUGCAAUUUCUUAAAUGGAAAACUGGAUUAUUAAGUCUGUAAGUGUUUUUCUUAAAACAAUACAAGAAAAUCUGUAACCAAAGUGAGAUAAAUUCUCUUUCAGUUUCA